AUGGCAAAAUCCUCAGAUGAAGAGGCUGAUUCGCGCACAGCCCUGGUUGGCGCACCGCGCACUCGGUCGAAUCCGCGUUCCACUUCGCGCUCCGCAUCGCACGACAGCUCCCGCCCGGCCAAGAGACAACGCCGCAACAGAAAUAAGAAGGACUCAGAUCUAGCUGACUUUGUUCCAAAAGGGGUUGCAUUCAGUGCCACAUCCUUGCCAGUGGACGAUCCAGACAACACAUCUAGUUCGGGAUCUAGUUCGGCCUCAAGUGAAGAUUCCGAUUCCGACGCGGACAAAACCACUGUCGCAAACCCACACGCUGGCAACACUGCGCCUGCGAUUAGCUGGAACCAGGGUCGGAAGGCUGCAGUGCGAACAACACUUGGAAAACGAUCGGCGCCAACAAACGAGCAGCCUACUCAAUUUGAAGCGGUGAACGACAAAUAUUGGCGCAGUCGCAGCGCAUCUGUUUCGGUCAAUGGUGAAGACAAGCCCACAACAAACGACCAAUUUCAAAACGACGAUGAGCUGGAAGAUGGCGAAAUUGACUCCAAGAGUGACACAGAUGAUACAGAUUCUCUUGGUUCUGAAGCCGAUGACUCUAUCCUGCUAAACAUAGGGGAUAAGAUGGGAAUGGAUGGUGCCAAUGACUAUGACCCUGCCACUCUGGCUCAUCAACAUGCUUCCACCACUGGAAACUCAAAUCUGAAAGGCGCAUCUGCACAAACCGGACCUGGAUCGAAAGAGGAAGCAUUCCGGCUAUUCUCAAUCAAGUAUCCAAAUGCGCCUGUUGCUUUGGUGGACCUAAGCCAGGCGGACCUUGAGAUCCUUGCGAAUGUGAACACUGCGGUGCCUGGAAUCAGCACCAAAGCAGUAUUUGCCCCGACUGGCGACGAUGCCAACGAUGCCGCGAACGUGGCCACGACGAGCCGCAAUGCAGUGCAAAACUACGCAAUUUCGCAUACGAAGUGCCUUGUGACUAUUGUGGGAAUGAGCACCUGGAAGCUGAAUGCGAUUCUCUAUGGAGGUUUCCAAUCAGGGAUCUCCACUCCGACCAAGUCACAGUCUCAAUCUGCUGUGCCAAUUGCUGCAUCAUCAUCAUUUACCCUGAAGGGUAUCGACCCAGACAUGAUCACGAACCUCAACACUGUCAUCCCGCCCCGAGAAAGCCGCCCCCCAAGCCAAGCUUCAUCCCGCGGAAGAAACAGGGGAUGGUCUCCGGCUCCAUCACCAGAAGAAGAUGAUAUGAUGUCCCGCGUAUCCCGAGGCCGAGGCCGCCCCGUCCCUGCCCCGCGUGGCAACACCCGUGGCAGUAUCAAGUUUGCAAGCGGAGUUGGAUCCAAACGUGGUGGUGACCCACCACCCAGAGGGCCUUCUCGUGGCCGAUCAACAUUCUCUGGGAACAACAACCACCGUGCGCGCUCCCCCAACCCGCCCCUUCCACGGGGUCCUCCCCCACCGAGAGGUGGUGGUCGCGGCCGCGGACCGCAACGAGGAGGAGGAUUCUCACGCGGACCGCGUGGUGGGGGCGGCAGAGGCCGCGGGUGGUAA